UCCUAUUCCAAUUUCUUUCCUGCAUUUGUAGUGUGUGUGCAUCCUAUGAGUCUUUGAGAAUCGGGCCAUCAAAAUAUCUAAACUUCCAUCACCAGACGUCAUCCGGCUGGAUGCGAGUGCAUUGUUAUGGAUCGCAAAUAACAAGCGAGCUAGCCGCGAACAGACAUGACUGAAACUAAAGAUGAACUCGUGCAAAAAGCUAAGCUAGCAGAGCAGGCUGAGCGGUACGACGAUAUGGCUCAGUCUAUGAAGAAGGUCACGGAACUAGAUGCGGAACUUUCGAACGAAGAACGCAACCUCCUCUCCGUUGCGUACAAAAAUGUAGUUGGAGCUCGUCGUUCGAGCUGGAGGGUCAUUUCUUCGAUUGAGCAGAAGACAGAAGGCUCCGAGAAGAAACAACAAAUGGCAAAGGAAUAUCGCGAGAAAAUUGAGAAGGAGUUACGGGAUAUCUGUCAGGAUGUCCUUAACCUCCUGGACAAAUAUCUUAUACCCAAAGCUGGUAAUCCCGAGUCGAAGGUUUUUUAUCUGAAGAUGAAGGGUGACUACUACAGAUACUUAGCUGAAGUUGCUUCCGGAGAAAACAGGAGCUCGGUUGUCGACAAGUCACAACAGUCGUAUCAAGAGGCGUUUGACAUUGCCAAGGACAAGAUGCAGCCUACCCAUCCCAUUCGUCUUGGCCUUGCCCUUAACUUCUCGGUGUUCUACUACGAGAUCUUGAAUGCGCCCGAUAAGGCUUGCCAGUUGGCGAAGCAGGCGUUUGAUGAUGCCAUCGCUGAGCUUGACACCUUGAAUGAGGACUCGUACAAGGACUCCACACUUAUCAUGCAGCUGUUAAGAGACAAUCUCACCUUGUGGACGUCCGAUGCUGCUGCCGAGGAUCCAGAGACAGGAGAGCAUGGAGAAGGCCAUAAUUAAUUUGCAGGAAGCAGUCUACUAUAUGAACUCAUCUUAGCUGCUCUGUGUAUUUUAGAUGACCGCGAUAAUCAGUUUCUUCAUGGUUACAAAAAUUCUUGCGUCCAUUCACUCUCUACAUACAUGAAAUGUCAAAGGCUAGAUUGGCUUACUCUUGCCUCUGAAUCGUUUAGCCUCACAGCCUCUCUUUAUGUUAAUGCAGUCAGAAGCUACAGCUUAUUUUUCCUGGCUUUUGAGUUGAGCUAAGAAAGUCUACUCCAGUAGAAAAAUGAUUCC